CCUGUCGACGUAAUGAAGACCACCCGGGCCCCCCCGGGCUCCCAAUCAACGCCACGGCACGGGCAGUUUCUGCCUUCAAAUCCAAACCUGCCUUUUGGGGCCUUCGUGGGGCUAAACUGGAGCUGUACAUCAAAGUACCUCGCAGUACCCGAUCUCGAGGUUACGAACUUCUUCUCCUAAAACUCGUCGUGGGCCCACGUCACAGCCGAACAAGAUGGGACUCUGAUGAUCCUGAUCCCACUCCCAGGUCUGACCCUGCCGUCGAUCGUGCUCUAGCAGCGCGAAAGGCCUCUGUCACGUCUCUUCUCUUCAACUUGUGAUUAUCAACAUAUUAUUCAUUGCGCCGCCGUUUUGUCGUUCCAUUCUUCCAUCUCAUCCAGUUCGUGAAGCAAUUGAAUCCACCCCAUAUCGCCGCCCACCAACAAUCAAUCAUGGGUCUUGCCGGGUUUCGCAAACGACGCUCUAAUGGCUCGUCGUCUGCAGAAGGUGUUAAGGAAGGCCCUCUGUCAAAUGACCAGGGCGAUGCGAAGAAGGCGACCAAGACAAGACGAAAUGCCAUUAUCGUGGCCUCCUUCUGCUAUCUCGUAGGAUGGGUGUUCCUCAUUCUUGUCGAAAUAGGAAAUACCAAGGCCACCAGGGUGCUCGGCGAUAUUUAUUUUUUCAAGCUCGACUUGUCGGACAUCAUUCCGCAGUCCGUCCCAAAUCUCACGUUGUUGAAUUCAAUUGCUAGAACCCUUGGGCUUCACGACUUUUACCAAGUAGGACUUUGGAAUUUCUGCGAAGGCUAUGAAGAUGAAGGCAUCACCCAUUGCUCAAAGCCAACCAAACUCUUUUGGUUCAACCCCGUUGAAAUUCUUAAGAACGAACUCUUCGCCGGUGCUUCGAUUGCGUUACCGUCCGAGGUCAACACAAUCCUCUACCUCCUCCAGAUUGCUUCUAACGUCAUGUUCGGUUUCUUCAUUACUGGUCUCGUCUUGGACUUCGUUUUGAUGUGCGCCUCGCCUAUCGUGUUGUAUUCACGAUGGUGGAGUCUGCCAUUUGCAUUGCUCGCCUUCGUUGCUGCAUUGUUCGUCACGGCCGCAACUAUCAUUGGAACGGCGAUGUCCCUCAUCUUCAAAUAUGCGUUGACGUCUCAGAGUGAUCUUAACGUAGUAGCUGACGUGGGUGUGAAGAUGUUCGCAUUCAUGUGGAUCGCUACUGCAUUCACGGUACUCGCCUUCUUCAUCCACGCUAGCUUGGGAUGCUGCUGCACGUCGAGGAGAGACCUGCGCACCGGCAGGAAAGGCGGGAAGGGCUUGACGUCGGGCCCGAACAGCGAGCCGGCGAGUGAGCUGAACAACGAGGAGAAACCUAAGCAACGGUUUAAAGUGCCAAAUUUUGGCAAGAAGACUGCUCCUUCUAGCUGAGCUCUUUUGACUAAACCAGACGGGAACUGAACAAACAGACUGGCAUUUUUGGUGCUAGCUACACACUACUAAUUUCACAAAGCGAGAGUUAGGAUAAUAGAGUAGAUAUGUGCAGUGUAAUUUCUGAUUCGGUAAAUUAGAUAUGAAUAGGUGGCAGCCGUGCCUGGCUUGCCGGCGAGUGGCACAUACAUGGAUAGAUUAGGGAAGUAUGCGAGCGGAUGGGGGAAUUAUACUUGUGGAGAUUAGGGUAACUGCAAGGGAAGCAGAUGACUAAGGAGGUACUGCGCUCACUAGAUUAUUAUAUACACAACUGACGAUUGGGUUUCAUAUAUUUAAC